AAGGGGAAAGGCGGGGCUACAAUUCCUUAGCAACGCUUGGCUCUGUGGGAGCGGUGGCGGUUGUUUCAACAUGGCGGCAGCAGCAACAAGAAGUGAAAAUUCUGGGAUAUUUUGGAUGAAUGGCGUAUCAGAUGAGGAACAGCCUUUGGCGUUUGUCUCGGGUGUAGAUGGAGAGGUGAAGUCUCAGACUUCUUUCAGCGUCGGACCAGGCAAAACCAGUACUUUCAGUAAAGGAGGUGUCAAGAUGCGAAACAGGCGCAGCACUGACGGCAAGAGUAACGUCACACUAAAGAAAAGUGGCAAGAAACAAUGCCACUUCCAAAGUGAGCAGUCUGGGGCUCACACCAAGGAGAAAAUGUCUGUCCAUCACAGUGCUGCUGGAGCUUCAGAGCUCUCUCUACCCACUGGUACUUUUCACCCCUCCACACAGGUAAUGUCUGAGACAAGCAGAGCUAAGAGCCUGGUCUGUUUGAAGGACCUCUGUCCUGAAGAUAAGCGCAGGAUUGCAAACCUCAUCGAAGAACUAGCCAGAGUGAGUGAGGAGAAAGAAGAAUCGGUGCAGCGUUUGAAAGAUGAACAGGAAAACUUUGAGCGCAAGAUCCAGCAGCUGGAGCAGCAGAAUGUGAUCAUAGCACAGGAGAGAGAGAGCAUGCAGCAGCAGUAUAGAGAGUGUCAGGAGCUGCUUGGGCUCUACCAACAAUAUCUCUCUCAGCAACAGGCCAAACUUAACCAGUCCAUCGCCCAGCUCAGCCAGGAACAAGCCCACAGCAAGGUGCUCAGUUGUGAGGAAGCCCCAAGCAGAGUCUCUACUAGCAAAGCUAAUGGCUCAUUCUUUGAUGGCUCAUACCUCAGCCUUGCUGCUACUGGAGUGCGGCAGCCACAAGUGCAAAGGAGUGGUGGUAGUGUUCGAGGAAGAGCAGCAGUGCAAACCUUUAGCAACCCUGUGUCACCUCCCUGUGUUAGUGAGUUCAGUCUAGUGGAUGGGGCAGUCAAACCACACAGAAGUCAGAGAAGGGAGUGCAGGGAGCCACACUCCAGUUGUGAGCACUGCCAGUGCAGUGGUCAAGACAGUGGCUAUGGGACACAGCAGCGGAGAAGGGAUAAGUGCCAUCAUGACACCUUUAACCCAAAUGAGUUUGAAAGUGCAAAUGCCAUUCGCUCAGAGGUCAAGGAAGCCCUGACUAGGCCUCUGCUGGGGCAUGAGGACUGGGAGGAGAAGAGGCACCAGCUGCUGCUGCAGAAGAUGCAAUUGGAAAUGGAAAGAGAGAAGCUGCAGGCACGGCUGGCUGAGCAGGAGGAGAGGCUCAACAGACAGAACCAGCAGCUACAGCAGUCGCGUCUGGAAUAUAGCAGGUUUCGACAAGCUACGCAAUCUGAUCUCAGCAGCUCAAACACAGGAAAUGGAGAGCCACAGCCGGAGGGCCCUUCCCAUCCAGAUUUAACCUCCUGUGUGAAUGAAGAUACAGAGGAACAUCCUGCAGGACAGAACUUGCAUGAAAAACACCCUGUACCUGCUCCUCUGGACAAUGGCGAUGGGGCCACAGAGUGGUCCAGAAAGGACAUGGCCAUGUCUCCUGCAAGGCUGAGUAAGCCCACUUCAGUGUCUGUGAUUCAAAAGACGCCUGAGGCCAGGUUGGACUUUUCUGUGGUUGAGUUAUUGGAUAUCUUUAGUCCGAUCUCAGCACCAGAACUAAGCAAGCUGUCCACUCGUAGACCUAAAACCUUGCAACGGAGGUCGACCCUCACAGCUCCUAAACCACUGGGCAGAACCCUGCUCACCCCUGCUGGGCCUUAUCGCCAGCAUACCAAGCAGGACCUGGAAGAAAGCCAAAUACUGGAGGAUAUUUUCUUCAUUUGCUGACAAAGAAGAAAAUGGGAACCGAAAAAAACAAUUCACUUGAUAUUCACCUGUUUGCUCUUGUUUUUUUUGUUUUUUUUAAUGUCUUACAUUUAAUUUCCAAUUGACAUUCUAAACCAGAAUGAUCAUGAUGUUGUAGCUUGUACUUUUGUUAUUCUGUGGUUUUAAUACAAAUAAACAGAUAUUUGGUUAUUCUU